AUGGAGAGUGAAAAGGACAGAGGCGCUGUGGAUUCUGAUGUGUCCCUGUGCCCAGGUGACCUGGCCAAUCGCUCCCCAGCCUCUGGGCCAACCUCAGGGUGCUGUGCCUCUCCCCAUGGCUCCGGUCACCCUUGGUGUUCGGCCAUCACGCCCAACGAAUGGCCUCUGAGUGAACGGGCCCAUUCUGCGUGGGAUCAGCAGCUCGGGAUCCGCACACAGACCAACAACCACGUAAGGACCCCAGGUGCGGCCAGCCGGCCGGAGGGGAAGAGAGUGGGUCGACCCCGCUCCCGGCUCGCCGGGUCUCUCAGCCCAAACCGGCGUCCGAAGGCCGCGGUUGCCAGGCGACAGCCUAACGCCAGCGCGGGGCAGCCUGCGGCCCGCAUCCAGGGACUGGGUCCCCAGCGGGCGGGACGCAGCAAAACAGCCGCAGGGGCUCUGGACGCGGGCAGCAUGGAGGAAGACCAGGAGGAGGAGAUCACCGCCGCCACGCUGCGUAGCAGGUCCCGGCCGCUGCCCAUUUCGGCGCAGUCCGCCUUCAGCUAUGUCCCGCCGCGGCGCCAGGAUCCCAAGGAGCACAGCUACUACUAUCGCCAGUGCAAGACAGGGAUCAUUUCCCUCUAUGACUGUGUUUUUAAGAAGAAUCCAGGAUAUAAUCAGAAGUUGCACCGAGAUGACAGAGAACACGCAAAAAGCCUGGGACUUCAUGUUAACGAGGAGGAGUGGGAGCGGCCCGUUGGGGUGCUGACGUCCUCUGUCUACGGCCGCCGCAUCCACCAGCCAGUGGAGCCACUGAACCGGGACCACGGCCGCGCCAACCACGUGAAAGCCGACUUCUACAGGAAGAAUGACAUCCCUAGCAUCAAGGAGCCAGGCUUUGGGCACAUUUCCCCAGCCUGACAUCCUCCCUCUGGCCCGAAGUGAGUGCUGGCAAGUGAAGUUCACUGAGGGGUGGCACACAGGCCUGAUUUCCCUUUCGUGGACUCUAGGAGCCAGCCUGACUGACAUGGGCUCUUGGGCCU